AUGAAGGUUACUGGCCUCAGAUUAAAGAGGAAGAAAAGCCCUUCAAUCAAUCUGGAUGACCUGCAGAACGAUUUCCGGUACCGCCUGCACCUUUGGACAGGCACCGCUAAGCUUGCCGGGACGGAGUCCACCGUUUCCUUCAACCUGUGUGGAGAUGAGGCGACCUCCGGAGUGAGAGUGGUCAGCAUCACGGAGAAGGUUUUCACCCAAGGCGGCCAGGUGACGCUGAACUUCAGCACAGCAGAACAGCUGGGUAACGUGGCGCUGCUGCAGCUCAUGCACGACAACAGUGGGGAGGGGAGCCGCGCAUCGUGGCACGUGGACAGAGCAGCAGUUCAGGAUCUCACCACAGGCAAACUGUUCUACUUCUUCUGCGAUGAGUGGCUGGCAGCCGACCGCGGGGACGGACAGGUCGCGAAGACCUUUCCUGUCGCCACUGAGCAGGACCUGCGAUCCUUCGGGUUUCUGUUUCCGGCAAGUCUGCGGAGCAAUCUUGUAGAGGAGCACCUCUUUUUUUCCGUCGCUAUCAUGCCUACAGGAAGCAAGUUCACCCGCAUCGAGAGGCUUGGCUGCUGCCUGAGUUUUCUCACCUUGUCCAUGGUGGCCAGCGCCAUGUGGUUGAGCGAUGAAAACGCAACCCAAGUUGUGCAGGCCGUCAGCCUGGGGCCGUUCUCCUUCACCUUGAACACAGUUUACACGGGAAUCAUGGCCAGCAUCACCUGCCUUCCCGCCGUCAUGGCCAUCGUUGUGCUGUUCCAGUACAGCCGACCGAACAGCAAGGGCGGUCGUCCGGUCAGGGACGCGGAGACAGCCGGACCAGCUGAGGCACCCACACAGCAAGAACCAGCCAAGGGCCUGCCACACUGGUGCAAGAACGUGGCCUGGGUGCUAGUGGUGCUGUCUGCCGUGGGGUCAUCUGUCUUCACCGUGCUGUACAGUCUGGAGUGGGGCAAGGACAAGUCCGAGAGGUGGCUUUCUGCGUUCUUCACCACUUUUCUGGCGGACAUAUUUCUUCUGCAACCAGUGAAGGUCUUGGUUCUGGCGAUCGUCUUUUCAUCCGUUUUCCAAAGACACACCUUGAAGAUAAUUUUUGAAAAUGAAGAGGACAAAGUUGUCUUGCAGGACACUACUGUGGCGUCAAAAAAGCAGAAGGAGUUUGACAGUGGUCGAUUCCGGGUAAAGAAGAAAAUGGAAAGACUGUCUCAGAUGUCCCUUGCAAACGUUAACGAAGCGCAACAGAAGCGGAACAGAGACAGGCGAAUCGGAAACCUCCUUUGGGACAUCAUCCUGUCUUGUGCUCGCCUCCUGCUUGCUCUGACUAUCAUUAACGGACACCACAACACCAACACGGCCUUCCAUCAGACACAGAGCGCUGCAGAAAAUUUCGUGCAGUCCAUUGACGACGUGACAGAGCCUUCUGCCGUCUGGCCCUGGCUGAACGAGACCGCUCUGGAGAGCUUCUACCCGGAGACUUCCUACAAUGACGACAAGCCCCGCUGGUGGGAGAAGGUCUUCACAACCGACAUGCAGUCGGUCCUGGUCUCCCCACCCAUCCUGAUUCAAGCCCGAGUAAAGCCAGGGCUGUGCAAAGUGCCUGCGACAAUGCAGGACUUGUUUGAUGAAUGUACAGCAGCGUAUGGUGAAAAUACGAAGGAGACCGGAGUGUUUCAAAAGGGGUGGAAGAGGGUUACGAAUAUGUCGGAGGUGGAGUCAGAAACCUCUGGAUGGUGCCAUCGUCCCAUCGGUUACACCAUCAAACCCGUCUUUGGUGUAAAAUCGCACUACUGGGGAGACGGCUUCAGUCUGGGCCUGGGAGAUUCAGCAGACGAGAUGCGCAGCAUCCUAGCAGACCUGAAGUCCAACCACUGGAUUGACAAGCGAACAAGAGCCGUCAUUGUGGAACAAUUCGUCUACAACGGAAACUUGGAUAUGUUCACUUCGGUGACGGUAGUGUUUGAAUUUACCGAGAUAUCCGGAGUUUUCUCCCAUCGUCACCUACACACCUUCCGACUUCAUCAACAGCCAGGUACAAUCGGGUACAUCUACGUCCUGUUGGAAAUAAUUUACGUCAUCUUUCUCCUCUACUCACUGUGGAAAGAGGCGAAAACGGCACGAGAAGCCGGCUGGGCCUACCUGACGGAGCCAUGGAAUAUCUUCGAAAUCUUUAAUUUCAUCUUGGCCUUCACUGUCAUUGCCUUGUACGCCACUAACAGAGUCUAUGGGACCAUGGCUCUGGCGGCUGUCAAGCAAGAGAAAGAUCCACUCCAAUAUCUCAGAUCCGUGGUGAACAUAAACCUGCUGUACGGAUGGUUCCUGUCUUUCCUCGCCUUUGUCAACAUCAUGAAGUUCCUGCGACUGUUGAGGUUCAACCCACUCCUGUCCAAGCUGAUGUCCGUCUUCCGGGGAAUGGCGGUGGAGUUCUCUGCCUUCAUCUUCUACUUCUUCCUCUGCUUCUCAGGAUUUGGGAUCAGCGCUUAUUUCAUGUUCGGUGCCACCGCAACAACGUCCAUCAGUAUGUCCUUCUCCACAUUGUUCCAGAUGUCUCUUGGAGUCUUUGACCACACGGAGCUGACGGAGGCAAACCCCAUCCUCGGCCCCAUCUACUUUGUAACAUUCAUUUGCUUCAUGUUCCUGGUUCUGAUGAACAUCGCCGUGGCGAUCAUCGACAGCGCACUUCCGGACGUGCGGAACCACGUCAUGCCUGAAGAGGACCGGUACUUCAUCCAAGGGUUGUGGGAACGCUUCACCUCCCUGCUUGGGCUUCAGGAGGCGCCAGUCACAGACGUCCACAUCGUGGAUACGCUCCAUGACAGCCUUAUUGAGGUUGAGAUCCAAGUUGAGAGACUGUGGUUGAAGAGACUGUCGCUUUUCAGCUGCAGGAUGAAGAAUACGGACCUCCCUACGAAACCUGACUUCGUCCCGCCAGUCAAGAACGUCCUCAAGGACGGAGCCGAGGAACGUCAAGCUCCAAGAGAAGACCUUCCCGUCAUUGUUAUCCGCCCUGCUUCCCACAACAACGGCGUAGUGGACGAAUCCGGGAACAGCGCAAUGGCGGAGGUGGGUCCAAGUUCAAGUGACAGUUACGAAGAAGAAAAUGUCGCAGAAGAUAAAGAUUUGGCUGUGGUCAAGUCCUCCACACCUCUUUCGCUUGGAAAGAUGCUGACAUACAACGACAUCCAAGCUGCCCAAAACCUGCUCCGCCGCCAGUAUCCGGCACUCCAAGGGCUGGAAGACCCUGUAUUCGGUCUCUAUGACGUAGGAUUUGCCAAGUUGACUGGAAAGGGGCUACAAAUCCACCACAGUGGUAGCGGUACCAUGCACUGGGUGCUGUCGUCUUACACAGACGGACAGGUAUGCCUGUAUGACAGCCUCGGUGUCGCCAUGAGCAAAUCCCUGCAGAUUCAGCUUUGCCAGUCUUACUCCGGAUUUGCUGACCAGGAAACAAACGUCUUGGCCGUCUUGGUACCGGAGGUACAGCAUCAAUGGGAUGCCGAAGAUUGUGGGCUGUUCGUCAUCGCCUGGGCAGUGGAUAUCGCAGAGGGGCAAGACGUGAGCAAGGUUGUGUAUGACGAAAUGAAGAUGAGGAGCCAUUUGGAGAUGUGCUUCAAAGAAGAGAAACUCAGACCGUUUCCACGUCUGACCAGCCGCAGAUGGAGGGUCGGCCCAACCAGUGCACACCAAAUCUCACUGGUCUGCCGCUGCAAACACGUUGGGCGUCUGGGAAGGAUGGAGAGGUGCAAGGCAUGCCGGAGGAUCUUUCACGUCAGCUGCCUGGCAGCCAGCCCUCCCCGUGACGGCACAUGGGCUUGUGGAGACUGUGCCGUGUAG